ACAUAUCUACUUUAUGGUUUUGGUUUGUCCUUUUUUUCGAUUUCAAGCAAUUUAAGCAAUAGUUUAAUAGUUUAAUGGUUUCUUUGGUGUUUGUUAUCAUUUGUUGUAAUUUCGGAAGCUGAUUAUUGGAUUAAUAUUUGCCUUUUCUGACCCACUUGAUAAUGACUUCUAUAGAUCUCGAUCCAUCCAUAAAACUGUGCCUGAAAUAUUUGCACUCCAGCGCGCCAGAUUCAACAGAACAACUUAGAUUAACUUUUGAUGAUGUUCUCGCACAAAUCUACGGCAGUUCGAAAACCCUUGGUAAUGUUUUACCUAAGAAAUAUUUGGCUGAAGAGAAAAUGGAAUCAACAUCACGAUCGAAACAUAAGAGUGAUAAAUCAAGAACGGUUCCUAUAGCUCAGCAGAGUCCCCAACAGAUUCAAAUACCGGAACGUGAAGAUGAUGACGGCUCUGUAAUGGAUGGGGAAUUAGCAUUUAACCUCUUGGAAGAGGACUUGACUUGUGCUGUAUGUCGGCAGAUUGCAGUUCAGGCUGGAAACCGCUUGGUUGAGUGUGAUGCUUGCCAUGCUCUCUAUCAUCAGGAUUGUCAUAAACCAGUUAUAAGUGACAAUGAUAUGGGGACAGGAUGGCAAUGCGCAUCAUGUCUUUCAUCCCAAGGCUUUGCUGCGGGUUACUCUAGCAAGACAUCUUCAUCUUCUAAAUCACCUUCUCAUGCGUCUGGAUCCACUACCCCAGUGAAGAUAUCCUCGAGCAGCUCUGCAUCAUCAUCACCAUCCAAGAUAGUUACACCAAACAUCAAUAUAAUCACUGCUGACAAGAGAUUACAGAUUAUGAAGAAAAAAGCCGCAAAACAACAUGAAAAAAAGAAAUCUAAAAAUUAGGAAAUAAUCAAGUUGUUUUGUUCUUUUACUAAAUUAAAUGAAUUAUAGCUUAAAUUAUUUUUUUA